AUGGAAGGUCGGAUGGAACCUUGCGUCGGCACCGUUGUGACGUGGUUCGUCUCUGCACGCCGCUGGACAGCCGGUGACGGGAUGGAUCUUCACAUCGACAUCGCCUGGACGCGCCCACCUACGCCCUCGGAGACCGCGGCUUACGGCGAAUUCGAGUCGCUCUCCACUACAACCCGAAGUCGUGGUCCCAUAGUGGAGUUCGGCCGUGCCACAACGGCACAUGGCAGCCCUAUUCAGGGAUGGCACUGCCGGCCCCCACGAGGGGAAGGGCCUAGAAAAGGUGGCCUAAACAUUGCUGGGUACCACGCCGUCUCCAGGCCAGCCAGGGCCGCAGACGUCUUAUCAUGGUCGAAACAAUCAAAAUCGAAACAACAACGAUACCAAUAACAACAACAACAACGAUACUCAUUCUCCUCAUCCUACCUCUUCUUCCUCUUCCUCUGCCUAUUCUUCUCCUUCGUCACCUUCUUCUCCAUCUCCUUCCCGACGCCCCACUCGUUGUCACCAGACUGGCAGGGUGAGCCCGGUCACUCUGACAGCCUGGAAUGUUCGUUCCCUUUUAGACAAUCCGCGGAACAACCGACCGGAACGGAGGACGGCGCUAGUGGCACGAGAACUGGCACGCUACAAGGUGGACAUCGCCGCACUCAGCGAGAUCCGAUUCUCCGAACAAGGCCAACUGGAGGAGGUGGGUGCCGGCUACACCUUCUUCUGGGGCGGUCGACCCAGGGCAGAGCGACGGGACGCGGGUGUCGCCUUCGCCAUCCGGAACGACAUCGUGGGACGACUGCCCUGUCUGCCGCAGGGAAUCAACGAUCGCCUGAUGAGCCUCCGUCUGCCUCUCAGGGAAGGCAAAUUCGCCACCAUCGUCAGCGCCUACGCUCCGACGAUGACCAACCACGACGCCGUAAGAGUCAAAUUCUACGAGGACCUGCACGCCCUCUUGGCGACUGUGUCGAAGGCGGACAAGUUGAUUGUCCUUGGUGACUUCAACGCCCGCGUCGGCACAGACCAUACUGCCUGGAGAGGAGUGCUGGGUCCCAACGUUCUCCGCGGCUCAAACGACAAUGGUCUGCUUCUCCUCCGCACCUGCGCAGAACACCGCCUAAUCCGGACGAACACCUUCUUCUGUCUGCCGGAGCGAGAGAAAGCCACCUGGAGGCAUCCUCAGUUGCGCCAGUGGCACCGGCUCGACUAUGUCCUCGUCCGGAGGCGAGAUCAGCGGGACGUGCUUGUGACGAAGGCGAUCGCGGGUGCUGACGGGUGGACCGACCAUCGCCUCGUCAUCUCGAUGAUGCGUAUUCGCCUACAGCCUCGCAGGAGACCACAAGGUAAGCGACCCCCCGGUAAGCUGAAUGUUGCUUUGUUGUCUUUGCCCGUUCACCACCUUCAUUUAAACAAUGAGCUAGCUCAACGGCUAGACAACCUUCCUAUCGCUGUCGUCGACGCCGCCGCCGCUGCCGAGAACGCCUCCGUGGAGAACCGCUGGUGUCACGGUCCAGUCGACGGCGCUCGCCGUCCUCGGUCGCGCUCCCCGCCAACACCAGGACUGGUUCGACGACAACGACGCCGCCAUCAGAAAUCUGCUAGCUGAGAAGAACCGCCUACACAAAGCCUACGUAGAUCACCCCACUGAUGCCAGCAAAGCUGCCUUCUACCUUAGUCGCCGCCAACUUCAGCAACGACUGCGCGAGAUGCGGGACGCCUGGACUGCUCGCAAAGCUGAGGAGAUCCAAGGGUAUGCGGACCGCAACGAAUGGAAGAACUUCUUCUCCGCGAUCAAAGCUGUCUACGGCCCGCCGACGAAGGGCACUGCUCCUCUCCUCAGCUCCAACGGCAACACUCUCCUGACUGAGAAGACGCAAAUUCUACAGCGAUGGGCCGAGCAUUUCCGAGGCGUCCUCAACCGCCCCUCCGUCGUCUCCGACGCCGCCAUCGAGCGCUUGCCGCAAGUGGAGACCAACGUUGACCUCGACCUUCCGCCAUCUCUCCAGGAGACCAUCGGGGCCGUGCAGCAGCUCUCCAGCGGGAAAGCAAUCCCUGUUGAGGUCUACAAGCACGGAGGUCCCCAACUCAUGGAUCACCUGACUGCGUUCUUCCAGGAGAUGUGGCGUCAAGGUGACGUCCCCCAAGAUUUCAAAGACGCAACCAUCGUGCAUCUCUACAAGCGAAAAGGGAAUCGCCAAGUCUUCGACAAUCACCGCGGCAUCUCCCUGCUGAACAUCGCCGGGAAGAUCUUCGCACGAAUCCUUCUCAACCGCCUCAAUAACCAUCUCGAACAGGGCCUUCUGCCGGAAAACUAA